GCUUUUUAAACCUGCUCAAAAACAAAGGUAAGUUCUUGAGAGUUGUAAAUGUUCAUGUGGGCGGGAGGAACACCUGCAGGCACACCUUUUAAGCUGCUGUUUCCCACUGACUGCAUUACUUGGUAUGUGAAAUCUUCUUGUCCCUUUUGAGGCACUGAGCAGAGCUGUUUCUGAAGGGGGAGGGGGAACAGCAAGAUUAAAUGACACAGGAUAUAAAGCCCAAAAGAGCAGCAGUUGUAAAACAGCUCACUGUGUACAAGUAGAAAGUUACUAAGUAAAGCAUGCAGCAGAAGGAGCUGCCAUUUCUGUGAGUAUGCCAGCUCUGUUCACACACACAUUACUCCAGUACUUCCUCAAGCCAGGAUUGUUGCAGACUACAAACAAAUUUCAGAUCUUGUCAGAGUUGAAUUUUAAACUGCAUUCUCAGGGUAAGAAUGAAGAGGUAAAUUGGGUCCCACUCAACGUUUUCCUGCAUUAAAACACUCCUGAUUAAAAUGCCACAGGUACAUAAUGUCUCCCAGCUACUAUUUAGGUGCAGGCCACUUGACAAACUCCCCCAGUGUUGUUUGCUGUAACUUUUUAAUGGAUUGUUUGAAUGUAGUAUUCUCUUGUAUUUACACCAGGCAGAAGGUGACUAUAAAAUACCUUCAUCUCAUGCAUUUUUAAUUCACAAACAGGAAAGUUAAAGGUGUGUUUACUGCUUUUAAUUCCAACUUGCCCUUGCUGUAGCUUUAUUUUUCUUCUAGGAAAAAUUUUCUGCUACACUUUCUCCAGUUACUAUACAACAAGUAUUUAUACCUGGAAAACCACUUUCAUUUUCAUAUCUCCUUUUGCCACCAAAGGGUGGGGGAAAAAGGUUUCUAUGGUAACAGAACUAAACCUCCAAAACCAGAACAGCCAAACUUGUAAAACAUGAGCCAACAGAAGACAUCUAUUAAAAGCACAAGCCCGAAAGGAACUAAAUAUAGGCUUGCUGUUCCCAUGUGUGGCUGCCUGUGUGUCACUGCUCCCCUCCUGCAGAAGGUGGGGACACAGCCAGCUUUGUUUAUAGAGUCACAGUUCAACAUCAAAUAACUCAAAUAACCUCAACUUCAAAUAAGGGGCAGGAAAUUGCCCCUACCUAUGAGGCUGCUAAACUGAACUGCACACUGUAUGUGUGCUUCAAGGCACCCAGAUAAUUCUUCAGAUCCUUCUAAAGAACUGCUUAUGAGAGUUCUGUUAUCCACGUAACAGUCCUUUAAAAUGAACCAAAUGUGCAACCUCUGAAAAACCAGUGAACAAAUAGAGAGUAGAGGUGUUGUACACUGCAACACCAAAGUGCUGCUCAGAAAGCCAGAUCUCCUGAAUGGGAAACACUGACAAUGAUCUGCCUGACAGCUGUCGCUACAGCCUCAGCCCACUCCAGUAGCUCAGCUCAAGAACUUUGCUAAACUUCAGGAGAGACUGUAAGAGGGGGAAGAAAAAUCCCUUUUAAGGAAGCAUUUCAUGACAGUCAAGUUGUAUAUGCCCAUUCUAUUCUCCUGGACAAAGGAAGCGCAAACUGCGUACAUGCUUCUUUUCCUUUCCCUGUUCUGAGCUUCUGCCAAAAAUAACCCCCAUUCCACAACCAUAUAUGUGCAACAGCCUCCUGGUGAGUGCGAGCCCUCACCAGCACUGCUGCUCCACAAGGCUAAGCAACUCUGUCACUGCUGCUGGGCAAUGCACAUAACCCAGCUCAACCGGGAAUGCCUUCUACAUCUCUUCUCUUUCCUGGACAAAGACAGUAGGAGAAAUCUAGCAAAAACAUGUCACAAGUUGCUAGAAGUGUUUCAGGAUCCUUUACUGUGGUCUUUGUUGAAGUUUCAUUCUCCAGUGGAACUAAAGAAGGAUAAUUUUCUCCUGGGACCUGCUUUAAAACACUUAUCCAUCUGCUGGUAUUCAGAGAGAGUCAAGGUGUGUAACAUUGAGGACUGGAUGAAAAACAGUCUCCAGAAAGACUUCUGUAAGAGGCAUGAGAACACUGUCAGUGAUUUUUUACUAGCCGUUUGCAACAGAUGUCCAAAUCUGCUGUCUGUGACCCUUUCUGGAUGUGGCCAUGUUACAGAUGACUGCAUUUUGCAGCUUCUCAAGAACUGUCAGAAGCUGAGGAGCCUCACACUGGAGAACUGUGUGCGAAUCAGUGACCAGAGCCUGGAGGCAGUGACCCUCCACGGGGCAUCGCUGCGAACGCUCCACGUGGAUUUCUGCCGCAACAUCACUCGGGCUGGGCUGGACAGAGUCAGGGCCAAGUGUCCUUCAGUAGUGCUGAGGGCAGACAGGAGUGCUGGCAUGAUCCCUGACAGUAAGCCAGGAAAAAAGCUGAUGCUUGAAAAAUCAUCAAGAAAACUGGUUCAGCUUUAAAUGCAGCAAAAUAAUCAGCGUAGGUAUUUUACAUCACUAAGAUAGCAGUAAACUGUGGCUACUUCUGUGGGUUCUGGUCAAGUCCAAACAAAUGGUUGUUUUUUAAAGAGUGUACUGGGAAAGGGCAUGCAUUUCCUCUUGGAUGGGCUUCAGGAAAAAAAAAAUUUGCUCUCUGUUGCUUCUUGAAACUGGAAAACCCUGCAUUGCUGUCACAAAAUGCCAGACCUGCUGAAAACUGCAAUUCUGGUACCCUCCUGCUGCAGAUGCACCUCAUUCAGAUGAGGGAAGCAGUGGUGUGUUUAUUGAGGCCAAAUAACUUGAUGGAGUUCAACAAAUUUUAUGGACUCUUAAGGAAGUUUGACAUGGUGUGCAGUAAGUCUGAUGGCAAGGUUCACUGACUGCAUGGAAGAAACACAGACAGAGUGAACUGAGGCUGAAUGAGACACACAGGGACCUGAGAACACAAACAUUAAGGAAGAGCCUCCCACUGGGUCACGGGGUUCAGACUGAGCCCUCACUUCCAAAACUCCUUAUGUAAUGGGCAUAAAGCCACAACAGAGAGAGCCACUGUAGUCACUGCAGGAUUUUCAGAAAUUCCAGGGCAAGAGUGAUUAACAAACUCCUGUUAAAGGAGUUAUCGAGACAGUCAUUCCAUUCACAAAGGAGGAUAACCACCCCCUGAAAGUCUUUCUAGCAAAAGCAGAGUAUGGAUCUUCCUCAGUGGUUAACAGCGGCAGCUAAUUUACCAGGCUUUUUUAUUUAAUGAGGGAAGCAUGGAUUCAAGGCAAACAAAACACAGUUUGACCCUCUGCAUGGUGUACUUACAUAAUCUAAGAUGUACCAAGUAAUUUUUUAAAGCUGACAUUAAAGAAAGUGCAAUACAAACAAGUGCUAGUUCAGAGAACUAACUCACAAGAAAAGACUGUGACUAACAGCCUGUAGCUUUAGAUGCUAAAGUAGGAAUACGCUACAGACCAGCUCUAUAUAAACACCCAUUUCUCACUGCAAAGUACAAAACCAACGGCUGUUUUCAUCCCCAAGGACAAGGCUGUCCCUUCCCUGCAUGCUGCUCUGCUACCUGGAAGUGAAACUUUUUUUUUACAUGCUUUUGAUGCUAUGCCAUCAUCUACAAAAUUUGACACCAAAAGACUUUACAGCUCUCAACGUAACUGAAUAUACUUCUCUUUCUGAUCCUGGUUAACUGAUCCACAGAUAUCCUUGGUACUCUCUAAUUGGCUGAGCUAAGAAAUAAAUCACAGCAUUACAGCAAUUUAGUCAAUCAAUGCUGCAAUUAUAGAGAAACACUUGAUCAGUAUGAGCAUCUGUAAGAAACACUUGCCCAGAAAAUCAAUGAGGAGAAUAAAUUAUUGCAUCUUCAUUACUUAGAGAUAUUUAACAGCAUGACACUGUAAAACUGGUAUUUCAUUAACUCCUUCCUAAUGUUCAAGUAGGGCCCUCAGCCACCAGAAGUUAAGGUAAGGAAGAAAACUGGAAGUACAGACAGGACAAACAGCAAUCCUCAGGCAGCACUGACAGCUGCAAAAGGACACUGUUGAGCUGAACAGAUUUACUGUGCUGUGGAAAUUGGGAAGCUGACACAACUCAUACCUUAGAUACAUCACAGCAGUUCCACAUACUGCUGACAAGGCAAAACAAGGUAGGGAUUUCUACAGCCACUGCAGCAAGCAAAGGCCUCCUGGUGCCACCAGCUCUGCCAGCAGUCUGUGGUGGAAGACGAGUCUGCAGGCAUAACAGGAACAGAUCUCAAGCAGCUACAAGAUAUGAAAGCACACUUGCAUCUGUCUACAUAUUACUUAAGCCUUUUUGCUAGUUUUCUACCAGGACUGGGGGGGUGGUGGGAAGGGUAUUUUGUGUGGUUUGUGGUUUAGUUUGUUUUUUAUUUUCUUUCAUAGAGCUAAAAAGGGGCUUCAAACAGUCUCCACUUGGAUUCUUUGUCUAUUCGUAUAACAAUGCUCUAACUUAUUACUUUGUUCUUCCCCUUUUUGAAUGGAGAUAUUUAUUCAUGGCAUGGUAAAAUCUGAACACAAUUGUACUGAUACAUUUUUUCAGCAUCAAUAAUGAAUUUUUUUUACUUCACAAUCCAAUUUGAAAAUUGAGUCUAG